UUUUCGAAAAGUAGUCGUGCAAUUGCAAAAGUCGCUAGUAUAGGUGGCGGAAUUGAAGAAGUCGCUAGCAGAAAUCCACAGUGAAUGAAAAAUAAGAGAGGUGAAGACUGUCCACUGUCACAUGUCGCUUCAUUUCGCGAAACCCUGGAACAGUGCGACGUCGUUUAGGAAACCCCAGCAAGCACCGCCACCCGCUGCCCCUCCCCGUCGUUGACUACGAUUUCAAUUUUCAGGAAUCUGGUCUACAGGAAAUGAGUUUGGAAUCUCCUGAUUCAUCAAAUCCGCAGGAUAUCAAGUCUGCAGAUGUAAAGAUGUCUACUUCUGUGGAAUCUGCGCCACAUAAUUCUGAACAUGAUGCGCCUUCUAAAUUCUCUGCUUCUGGCAUCUCCACUUGGGCGAAAAAUCUGAAAAUUCCCCAGCCAUUUGGUGGAUCCCCUGAGGUAUCCCCAUCUGAAAACCCUGGAAAGUCUACUUUUUCGCGUUUGACUAGUGGUCUUGGAUUGCGGGCGUCUCCCAAAUCUCCUCAAUCAGAGGAAAGUUCUGGUGGAUCUUCACCAACUCAACAAUCAGGUUUUAUUGGAAGCAUCACAAAAGGAUUAGUUGACUCAUCUAAGAAUGCGGUGAAGGCUGUGCAGGUCAAAGCUCGUCAUGUUGUGUCUCAAAAUAAGCGAAGAUACCAGGAAGGAGGAUUCGAUUUGGAUAUGACUUACAUCACGGAGAAUAUUAUUGCAAUGGGCUUCCCUGCUGGUGAUAUGAGCUCUGGGUUUUUUGGCUAUGUUGAGGGAUUUUAUCGAAAUCACAUGGAGGAAGUAAUUAGGUUCUUUGAGACUUAUCACAAGGACAAAUACAAAGUGUAUAACCUCUGUUCUGAAAGAUUGUACGAUGCAUCUUUAUUUGAGGGAAAGGUGGCUAGUUUUCCUUUUGAUGACCAUAAUUGCCCUCCCAUCCAACUCAUCAUUUCAUUCUGCCAAAGUGCUUAUUCGUGGUUGAAGCAAGAUAUUGACAAUGUCGUUGUUGUGCAUUGUAAAGCUGGAAUGGCCAGGACAGGAUUGAUGAUUUCUAGUCUUCUUCUGUAUCUGAAGUUCUUCCCCACAGCCGAGGAAUCAAUUGAUUAUUACAAUCAGAAAAGGUGUAUUGAUGGAAAAGGACUUGUUCUACCUAGUCAAAUUAGAUAUGUCAAGUAUUUUGAACGCGUUUUGGCAUACUUCAAUGGAGAAAACCAGCCUGGUCGUAGGUGCAUGCUUAGAGGAUUUCGGCUGCAUAGGUGCCCGUACUGGAUCAGGCCCUCCAUAACAGUCUCUGAUCAUAAUGGUGUGCUCUUUUCAACAAAAAAGCAUUCAAGAACCAAGGAUUUGUCGCCUGAAGAUUUUUGGUUCAGCGCACCUAAGAAAGGGAUAAUGGUAUUUGCCCUCCCUGGGGAACCGGGCCUGACAGAGUUGGCUGGUGAUUUCAAAGUCCAUUUUCAUGAUCGCCAAGGGGACUUCUAUUGCUGGUUGAACACAACAAUGAUUGAGAACCGAAAAGUUCUAAACACAAGUGAUCUUGAUGGUUUCGACAAGAGAAAACUACCAUCCCCAGGAUUCCAAGUUGAGGUUGUGGUAGUGGAUUAUGAUGGUUCUACUGUUUCAUCAAGACCUCCAUCUGGGUCUCCUAGUGAAUCGUCUGGAAAUUCAGGUGCAAAUACAGUGUCAGGACCUAGCCCCGCACCCGUUGAGGAAGCUGCUGCUGCAACUGCAGCUGCAAAGAACUCUAAGAAAAAGGAGGAUGAGUUCUCUGACAGCGAAGCUGAGGAAUCUGUGUCUUCAUCCAGACAAACUGGCAUUUCUUCCCAUGGUUCUGGAACCGUGGCUGCAAAAGAUGCUGUGCCUUACAACAAUGUUGACUCGAACCAAAUUGCAGAUCUGACGCGUAAGACAGAACAAGUCUCUCUAGGAACUUCACCUUCUCCACAUACUGAGGUAAAGAAGGAAACUGCUGGAGGAUCAGGAACCGACUUCUCCAACUCAGUUGGGGAGGUAAGCGAGUUCAAGGUAAUGGCAGCCGAUGCAUCAGUUUUUUCAUUUGGAGAUGAUGAUGAUUAUGAAAGUGAUUAAGGGAAGGCGGCGUCAAGGACCUGUACAUACAUGCUUGUGAAUAUUCAUAAGUCCAGCCUUGAGGCCCCAUGUUAUUCGUUCAUUUCAUUAUAGAUUGUGGUUUUUGUUUGGAUAUGCAGCGUUUGAUGAUGGAUAUAGUUGAACUGUUUGUAUUUCAUAUAUCUGGUAAAAUUGAAGGAAAACUUACCAUUAUAAUAUACUUAAGUCAUCUAAUUCCACCCCGCA